AUGGCAGUCCAUGAAAUUAAGCAGAUGAUGAACGCUGCAGGGGCUCGUCCUCGUCGUAACCAGUUUGGCAAGAACGGUAUUGAGAUUGAGAAUAGCCGCCGCAGCACCAAACAGCGAAGGCCUUCCCGGUUAAUCACACUGUCAAGCAUCUCGAAUCUCAUCCCGCAGUGGGCUCGUCGAAACGGAGCCAGCCGCAGUGGUAUCAAUGAUCGCGGUGAAGACAGUGUGUUGGUGCUGGAUGCUGACACAGACGCUACCAUCGCCACUAAUGCUGAUAGUAACACAGUGGUCUGUCGAGCCAUGAGAGGGUCACGAACUACUCUUCUCAAAGUAAAUUUGCGAAGCACAAGCACUUCGAAUGAGCCGACGGAAAGUAGCAGAAGUGUUGAAUGUCCGUCGAGUCCUCAAGUUCUUCAACUUUAUCAAAACACCAGAUUAUCAUUUACACAACGAGGACAACCACGUCGACAUUUGAGUUUGGAUGAACAAGAAGAGCUAGUUGCUGAACAGGAUAUCAGCCCGGAACAUUGUCAUGAACUGUGUGUAAACGGCUUUGUGGAGAAUGCUGGUCGAAGUCUCUUUCACUUUAUCUGGCCUUGGGAAGGACUCCAGCAUCUUCGCCCUACCCGUGGGGGACAGAGCGACUCACUACGCUUUUCGGUAGUGGCACAAAGCGCAAACCCAAUGACCCCAGGUCCACGUAUCCGCUUCGUAUCUGCCUUUGAACCGACUCGACAGUUCGAUCCCGCCACCAUGGCCAUGAUGCGACAAUGGGCAUCACCACAGCAGCACCAAAGACUAGCGAUCUGUGCAGCCGAAGUGCAGCCAGUGAACACUGCAGUACCUACUGAAUGCUCUAUGCGUAUCACUACCUCUACUGACAAAACUACACGAAGAAACAGCAUCAAUGUCGCGAGUCUGCAAUUGGCAUUGAGUCGUCUUCAAGAUGCUGAACAGCUUACGUCAACUGCUGCUGCAGUGGCUCCACUGGUACUAGGAUCCAACGAUUCAAAGAGUCUGUCUUUAAAGAUUAUCCCACCCGCUACCAGUCCUCCAAAGCUUGCGAGUAGUUCACCAAAAGCUAGCAGUCGGUUGCCUUCUCCAACCUCACUAAUGUCCAAGGCAAAGGCCAUUGCACACCGUUCAGCGUCACCCGUGAUGCCACCUGCUCCACCGUCUCCUACCGCUAUAAAGGUUGUUAAUCCGCCAUCACCAGUGAAGAAGGGGCCAGCUCCAGCAGCCUCCGUUCCGGUUAUCACGGACAUUCGAGUAGUACAGGCUGUGAGUAUUGCCGAAAGCUACAGCGGUGGGUAUAUGCUACGCCAGUACGAACCACUCAAAGUCAUUGGACGUGGCGGCUUCGGACAUGUCAUGGUGGCUCGACACUUGCCUUCCGGUUCACUAGUAGCAAUCAAAACGCUCAGCAAACGCUCCAUCGCAACACAGAACCAGAUCCAGCACUCUCGAGCAGAGAAAACCGUCCUUACUCGCUGUCGUGAUCAUCCAUUCAUAGUGAAGAUCCAUGCGUGUUUCCAGACCAUCGAUCACUUGCAUAUCGUGCUAGACUAUUGUCCAGGAGGCGAGCUGUUCUUCCAUCUCUCACAGCGUGGACAUUUCACCGAGCCCGUGGCAGCUUUUUACUUAGCUGAAGUUCUCCUUGCGCUUGAACAUUUACACCAACACGACAUUAUCUACCGCGAUCUCAAACCCGAAAACAUUCUUCUGGAUCAACAAGGUCAUGUACGUCUUGCAGACUUUGGACUCUCUAAACCAGGUAUCGACGACUGGACUCUGGCGUUGACAUUCUGUGGGUCUAAAGACUACAUCGCACCAGAAGUUAUUUCACUCUGCGAACGAUCGUCAACGGCAUCGUCACCCAGUCGAGGAUACGGGAAGGCGGUCGAUUUCUGGGCACUUGGUUGUAUGCUCUACGAGAUGUUGACUGGCCAGCCUCCGUUCUACAACGCCGCAAGUAGAACGCAGCUCUACUCGAUGAUAAUGGACGGCGUGGUAUACUUCCCACCAACCAUCAGUGACGAAGCUCGCGACUUGAUGCAAUGUCUGCUGCGUACAGACCCCAGAGAGCGACUUGGUGCACGUCGAACGUCAGGUGGAGGCGCGACGGCAGUAAAGCAGCAUCCGUUCUUCGCUAAACACCAUAUUGACUGGGCUAAACUACUGAAUCGAAGUCUACGUACCCCUCCACUGCGUCCUCGCUCGGGCCAAUUCGCCAAUUUCGACUCCGAGUUCACGUCCAUGGCACUUCGUGGAAUUGAAAGUAUGGUCAAGUUCCCGGAAAAGAUCCCCAUGGACUACCAACUCUUCGAUAAUUACAACUGGGAGCCACCUAAAUCCACCAAAUAA